AUGGAGGCCAGCUCGGCUGCGUCGCCGGACCUCUCGCUGCACAUCAGCCUGCCCAGCACUGGGCCGCCGACGGGCCCGGGGGGCGGCGGAGGCGGGCGCGGGCCUGUGGGCGGCGGAGGCGGGGAUCCCUGGAGGAGGCUGAACGGGUCCACGGCGUCCACGGAGCUGUCCUUGUCUCCGCCCCUCCUGGCCGCCGACCAGGAGGGCGCCGCGCUGCCGUGGCGGCACAGGCCUUCGUCGUCGGCUGCGGCGUCCUCGGCCGCCACCACGUCCGCCCAGGCCGCGCUGAUGACCAUGCCGAUGCUGCAGCCGCUGGACGCGGGUGUCGGCGGCGCGUCGGCGGCGCCGCCAAUCCGGGGGAUACCUAUCUACAACGGCGCCGGGGGCUUCCCGUUCCUGCCGCCGGCGCCUGGGGGAGGAGAAGGGCACCACCUCCCGAAGGUCGGGUUCUACAGCUACCACCAUCCGGCGGCGUGGCCCUCCUCCCUGGGAUCGACGUCGCCGUCCUCUCUCGGGCCGGGGCCGGCGCCACCCGCGAAUUCCUUCGACCCCACGGCGGCGUUCCUGUCGUCGGCCGCGCACCAUCGGAUGCUGUCGGCCUCCGGAAGACUAAACGGCAUGCUCUCCGACACCCUGCGUAGCUACGGCGCCCCCGGCGGCGGCGUCGGCAUGGGUCUCGGCGGACACCAUCAUCAUCUCCACGGCGCGCAGCCCUUCGGGCUGGGGUCCCGGUUCAUGCCCAAGCUCCCCGCCAAGCGCAGUAUGCGCGCGCCCCGCAUGCGCUGGACCAGCACCCUCCAUGCCCGCUUCGUCCACGCCGUGGAGCUCCUCGGCGGCCACGAGAGGGCGACGCCCAAGUCAGUCCUAGAGCUCAUGGACGUGAAGGAUCUGACGCUAGCGCAUGUGAAGAGCCAUCUCCAGAUGUAUCGAACCGUCAAGAGCACUGACAAGCCUGCGGCCUCAGGCCCGACCGACGGCGGCUCCGGCGACGACGACUUCCCCAGCGCCGGUGGCCAGGUCGGGUCCGGUGGCGACAACAACAUGUGCCCGAGGCCGUUCCCGGAGCACCGGUCCACCUCCGAGGGCGCGGCGAGCUCCGUCGGUGGCGGCGGCGACAUGGACCAGUCCUCGGCAGGGAACGCCAGCACCAAGUGGAGCAACUCCUCAAGGGACCCAUGGGUGUCAUCUAAUUCUUGCAACAUGGAUGCUCAUCGCUCCAUUGGACUGUCUUCUCCAAUGGAGAACAUGGAGCCCUGCAGAUCAACCGGCUCGCAAGUGUCGAACCACGAGCUGAGCAGCCCGAGCCUGGAGUUCACGCUGGGGAGACCGGACUGGCAUGGCGCGGAUCAUGACUAG